GGCGAUCACCUUCCCAAUAUUUAUGGCGAUUGAACGGAACUAUUAAUCAGUCGAUCCCCCGCAUAUACAUACACGAGUCACCGACGUCAGACACCAAGCGACGAGAAUAACUCAGCCAUCAUGUCGUGGGCCGGCUUCAAGAAGAAUGUCAACCGGGCAACGACCCAGGUGAUGAUGAAGACGGGUCAUGUCGAGAAGACCAACGAUCGCGACUAUGAGGUUGAGGAGAGACGAUUCAAGACUAUGGAGGCGGCAUCCCUACGACUACAAAAAGAGGCCAAGGGUUAUCUUGAUUCACUACGAGCAAUGACGGCCUCACAGAUGCGCAUCGCCGAAACUAUUGACGCUUUCUACGGUGAAGCUGGUGCUAAAGAUGGAGUCAGCCGGAGUUACAAGCAAGCAGUGGAAGACUUGGACGCCGAAACGAUCAAGGCCUUGGACGGACCAUAUCGGACAACAGUCCUAGAUCCCAUUACCAGAUUUUGUGCCUAUUUCCCCGACGUUAACGAAUGCAUCAAGAAGCGCGGCCACAAACUCCUCGACUACGACGCCCUCCGCGCCAAAGUCAAGAAACUGGUCGAGAAGCCCGACAAGGAUGUGACGAAGCUCCCACGCGCCGAGAAGGAAAUGGAGAUGGCCAAAGCAGCCUACGAGCAGCUCAACGAGCAGUUGUGCACCGAGCUACCGCAGCUUAUCGACCUCCGCGUCCCUUACCUCGACCCAUCGUUCGAGGCUCUCGUCAAGAUUCAGCUCCGAUUCUGCGCCGAAGCCUACAGCCGCAUGGCUCAAGUACAGCAAUACCUCGAUCCAGACACGCGGGAACAGUACGCCCAGGGUCAGCUAGAUACCAGGGUCGAACAGGUGUUGCAGGAGAUCAGGGAACUGAGUAUCAGCGGAACUGUUUAAAUAACAGGGCGCAGUGAAGACGCGAAAAGGGACGGCACGACAUAAUGAUAUGUGUCGCGCGGAUUGGUUCUC